GUAUUUAGACAAAUUUUCAAAGUAAAGUUAUUAACAAAUAAAGGAAGAAGCUAAAGAUAACCAAAACUACCAACCUUAGCUUACUUAAAAUCUACGUUUUAUCUCUUUACUAAAAUCAGUAUUUAUAGAUAAGUUCUGUUUCUCACUACACUAUUUUCCUUAAAAAAAAUAUCUCUAUGGGUUUCAAACCCAUAUCUAAAUACUAUGAGUACCCAUUUUUGUUAACGUCUCAAUCACUGAUUAGCACUGAGAGUUGAGAGAUUUUAAAGAACCCCUUACGGUUUGCGAAGUUAAUACGAUUUCUUAAAGAUGGAGAAGCAGAUAUGUGGGAGUGGGAAUAUUGAUCAAAAUCAAGUCGUAUUACCACCUGGAUUCAGAUUUCAUCCUACUGAUGAAGAAUUAAUAACUUAUUAUCUAACAAAGAAAGUUCUUGACAAUAAUUUCUCUGCUGAAGCGAUUGGCGAAGUUGAUUUGAACAAGUGUGAGCCUUGGGACUUGCCAUGGAAAGCAAAAAUGGGCGAAAAACAAUGGUAUUUUUUCUGUGUAAGAGACAGAAAGUAUCCAACUGGUUUAAGAACUAACAGAGCUACCGAAGCGGGUUACUGGAAAGCUACCGGAAAAGAUAAAGAAAUUUACAGAGGAAAAUCAUUAGUUGGGAUGAAAAAAACAUUGGUGUUUUAUAGAGGAAGAGCUCCUAAAGGUGAAAAAACUAACUGGAUCAUGCACGAAUACAGAUUAGAUGGCAAAUUUUCAAUUCCUCAAUUCCCCAAAAAUUCCAAGAAUGAAUGGGUGGUUUCUAGGGUAUUUGAAAAGAAAAAUUUAUUAACAAGUGGAAAGAAAGUUUAUCUUCCAAGUUUCAUGAGAAUGAAUUCAUCUUACAAUGACGAAAUGGCGGGUUCGUCGUCUCUUUUACCACCACUAAUGGACACAUCCUCAAUAGGUAAUAAGAGUGACAAAUCCAAUUACGUGACCUGCUUCUCCAAUGCAACAACAUUAAUGGAACAAGGGCAUCAAAAAAGGAUGGAGAAUAUAACUGAUCACCAAAACUUCAACAACAACUCAAUCAUAUCAACAACUUCUCUUGUGCCGAACUCGAUAUACUUGAACCAAACACUUCCGAAUAUAGGAAAUUUUCAAUACCCAACUUCUAUUUCAGUUGAAGAUCAAUCUAUCCUGAAGGCUUUACAGCUUGAGAAUAAUCAUGGGUCAUCAUCAAAUUGUAAAGCCGAAAGGGAAAUGGUGAGUAUCUCACAAGACACAGGGUUGACAACAGAUAUGAACAUGGAAAUCUCUUCUGUUGUGUCGAACAAUGAAAUGAGUACUACUACUUCUCGAUCGUUCGAAGAACAGGAGGUUCCGUCGACUUCAACUGGACAUGUAGAUCUUGAUUGUAUUUGGAAUUAUUGAAGCAGCAGGAGUAUAGUUUUUAGUUUUAGUUUAAGGAUUGAUUUUUAUUUUUCGUAUAAUUUGAUUUGGUGGUAAUUGGUAUACAUUGUAUAACUUGACUAAUUACAUAUUCUUUACAUUAACAGUGUGACAAUAAUGUAAGUGUGUAUGCGUGUAAAAUUUGAAUAAUUCCGCAUGAAAACUUUUCAUGCAUGUAUAAUAUAUGCAAACUAAGUCGCUUUUUCAAUUCUCAUCAA